AUGCAGAUGAGAACUCAAGUAUGCACAUCUAGAGCCGUCCACAGGAGCAUCCCUCAUCUCCCACUGUCUUUACUCCCCUUGAGGAGGGGCUUGGUAUCAUACCCAAUUGAUUGGAUUUCAUCAAUGGCUUCUUCCUAUCGCAUUGGUGUCGAUGUCGGCGGCACCAACACUGACGCCGUCAUCCUCGACGUGCGAAAUGCCCAGGGCCCGAAUCGCGGCGUCAUUGCCUUCCACAAGACGCCCACCACCAGUCCCAAUGUCACCGACGGCAUCGAGGCCGCCGUCAAGAGCGUCCUCGACCAGAGCCAGAUCCCGCCCAGCCAGAUCGCCUGUCUGACCAUUGGCACCACCCACUUCAUCAAUGCCAUCAUUGAGCACGAUGCCCGGCGUCUCGCGCCCGUCGCCAUCAUCCGCCUGUCCAAGUCCUUCACCCGCGAGGUGCCCCCCUUCUCUGACUUCCCUCCGGCCCUCGCCAAGAUCAUGAACGGUCACUACGGCUACGUUGACGGCGGCCUCCAUAUCGACGGGUCCCAGGAAGCGCCCAUCGUGGAGGAGCAGGUCGUCGAGCAGUGCGCUCUCAUCCGCAAGAAAGGGAUCGACGCUGUCGUCAUCUCCGGCGUCUUCUCCCCCAUCGACGACCACUUCCACCAGGAGGAUCGCGUCCGCCAGAUUGUCCAGAGGGAGUUGCCCGGUGCGGAUGUCGUCUGCUCCUCCGAUGUCUCUCAGAUCGGCUUUCUCGAGCGCGAGAAUGCUUCCAUCCUCAACGCAUCCAUUCUCAAAUUCGCCCGGCGCACCAUCCGAGGCUUCCGCGCUGCCAUGAAGCGUCUGAACCUCAACUGUGCCCUCUAUCUUACCCAGAAUGAUGGUACUCUGAUCGAUGCGCCCUCUGCGGCGCGGCUGCCCAUCCGGACCUUCUCCUCCGGUCCCACAAACUCCAUGCGCGGCGCCGCGUAUCUAGGUCUGCAGGACGCUGGAGAAGACAAAAAGGAGCGGACGGCGACUAUCGUUGUUGAUAUCGGAGGUACCACCUCGGAUGUCGGCGUGCUCCUGCCGUCGGGUUUCCCUCGUCAGGCGUCGGCCUAUGUUACCGUGGCUGGCGUGAAGAUCAACUUCGGCAUGCCGCAUAUCGAAUCCAUCGGACUCGGGGGCGGGUCCAUCGUCCGCGUCGAUGGAGACAAAGUGACUGUUGGGCCAGAUUCCGUGGGCCACUUUCUCGAUUCCAGAGCAACAGUCUUUGGUGGAGACACCCUGACGGCCACGGACAUUGCUGUGGCUGCCGGCGAGAAGAUUGGCAACCCCGAACUGGUCAGGCACCUGAGCCAGACGACGGUCUCCCGGGCUAAGGCCCGGAUGAAGGCGAUGCUCGAACGAGUCAUUGACAUGAUGAAGACCUCGCCCGCACCACUCCCCGUCCUACUGGUCGGGGGUGGCUCCGUUAUUGCGCCGACAGAGUUAGAAGGCGUCUCCUCGGUUGUCUGUCCGCCGUUCCAUUCAGUUGCCAAUGCAGUUGGGGCCGCCAUCUCCAAGGUCGGAGGGACUGUGGACAGCAUCCAGAAUACGUCCCAGCAGUCAGUCAGCGAAAUCGUGGAGCAGGCCAAGGCCCUGGCUAUUGAACGGGCAGUGGCAGCUGGUGCCAGUCGCGAGACGGUGUACGUUGCCGAAGUGGAUACCAUGCCUCUGCAGUACGUGGCCAACCAGGUGAGAGUCAUUGUGCGGGCUGUGGGUGAGCUGUCUCCGGACGGCUUCCCUGCGAAUAUUGCUGCAGGGACGAGUGAGGACGAUGGCGAGACGGAUGAGGAUAUGUACACUGAAGCUGAGAAAGACCGGUCCGCACGGGAUGGAGCAGAAGAGGCUCCUGCAGUGGAUAUUGAUACGUAUCGCCCAACGGUGGUCAAGAACCCCGAGACCGGUGUCGACGAGUGGAUCAUCUCUGAGCUGGAUCUCGAAUGGCUUGCGGACGGAUGCUACGUGCUGGGAUGUGCUGGCGGAGGCUCUCCGUUCAGUGAAUAUUUACGGCUGAGGGACCAGAUCCGAGCAGGGUAUAAGAUGCGAGUGAUUGAUGCGUCGUCGCUGAAGGAUGACGCGCUUGUCUACUGUACGUGA